CUCUGAACCGCCCCACUGUUGACAUGAUGAGGGACGAGCUUUGAGCCUUUGAUUGGGCAGAGGAGGGAGGGUUACCUGUGGAGUGAAUGGCAAAGGCGACGAACGAAACUCGGUUUUGUCGAAUUAAAUGGCCUUCAAAUUGUUUGUGCCAUAACCCCCCUUUCCCCGGCAAGUGGCGACACCGUAGCACUGAUGUCAGCUCUGUCUUCGCCCGCCGCGCAAGCCGCCGCGGUGAAGAAGAAGCACGUUCGCUUUGCUAGCAUGGACGACGACGACGACGACCACGAGGAGCAGGAAGAAGACACCUUGUUUGACAAAAGGAAGGAUGCGGAGCGAGGCGGUCUCAAGAGUGCGCUGAAGGCGGCCAAGAGGAGGACGAAACCGGGAAGCGGCGAGCGGGUGAAAGUGGUCGACGGUGGGCGAGGGGGCGGAUACACAGCUUGCGGCCGCUGGAUGGUCAGCCUCACUCUCUGCGCAUCCUUUCUCGGCCUGGGGAUGGGCAUCUCAGUGGUUGGACCUACGUUCGAGGACCUGGCUUUGAACGUAAAUACGGACAUAAGCAAUAUCUCCUACAUCUUCAUUGGCCGAUCUGCGGGCUAUAUUGGCGGCUCACUCUUAGGAGGUGUCCUUUUUGACUGCAUGAACCCAAAUCUGCUGCUCGGGUUUUCUAUGCUGAUCACGGCCUGUGGAAUGUGUGCUAUCCCUUUCUGCAAACAUGCUCUGCUCCUCACCGGCUUUAUGUCCAGCAUUGGUAUCUCCAUGGGGAUUCUGGAUACAGGUGGGAAUGUCCUCAUACUGAAUACGUGGGGAGCUCAGGCUGGACCUCACAUGCAGGCUCUCCACUUCAGCUUUGCAGCGGGUGCCUUUGUGUCACCAAUCAUAGCCAAACUUCUGUUCGGGCACAACACGGCCGGCGGCCACGGCGUGGACAUCAUGCCAAAAAACUCUACGAACUCCCCCGUGGCGUUGCCUAUCGCCACCGACGACCACACCCUCAUCCAGUUCAUCCACGGCAGCGGCGACAACCUCAAAUCCAUGUGGGCUUACAUUGUAAUCGGAUUGUUUGUCCUCCUCACUUCCUUCCCGUUCUUCGUUCUUUGCGUUCGCGGCGGCACGUCACACGACAAAGCCCGCGCGUCAUCGGCGAAGCACCCGGUGGCCAGACACCACACGGCGCUGGUCGUCCUGCUCUUCUUCUUCUUCUUCGCCUACGUCGGCGCCGAAGUGGCCUACGGCUCCUUUAUUUUCACCUUCGCCAAGGAUUAUGCUCAAAUGAAUCAGGCGCAAGCGGCAGGGCUCAAUUCCUUAUUCUGGGCGACGUUUGCCGCUUGUCGGGGCUUGGCUAUCUUCUUCGCUUCCUGCAUGUACCCGGGUACCAUGAUACUACUCAGCCUGGUUGGCACCACGUUGUCCUCACUCUUUCUCUGCCUCUUCAGCAAGGAUAAAAUCAUGCUGUGGGUGUGUACCGCUCUAUACGGCGCUUCCAUGUCCUCCACCUUCCCUAGCGGAAUUUCCUGGUUGGAGCAAUACACCACCGUGACGGGCCGUUCAGCGGCCGUGUUUGUGGUGGGCGCCGCUCUGGGCGAGAUGGUGUUGCCCGGUCUCGUCGGGUUCCUACUCGGGAAAAUUCACGGACACCCCCUGCUCAUGUACCUGGCGCUGAUCACUGCUACCUUCACCGCAAUCAUUUUCCCAGUCAUGUACAAGUUAGCUUCUGUAUCCGCCGGUCCGAUUAGGAAACGACACGGGAUCGGGCGGCUUAAUGCUGACGACAGCGAAUACCGACAGGCGCUGCUGGAUUCCGGAGAGCUGGACGAGGAAGAAGAGGAGGAGAACGAGGCGGAUCAGUGGAACGACGCAGACUUUGAAGUCAUUGAAAUGGACGACGCCGCAAGCCUUAUAAGUUCACCCGGUAAAGACGGUUCUCCGCCGGAUAUCGGUAGCGAUAGCGGCUUAUUGACCUCCGGCGCCCAGCUGACGGAACCUGCAAAGGGUUCCUCAUCGUCAGACACCAUCUCCCUAGUGGGAGAUUCACCUAAACGCAAACUGCUGCUUUUCCCUGACAGAGUUAAGAGAGACUAAAACGUCAUUUUUCAUUUUCUCAACAUCCGAAGAACCUUGAUUUGUCCAGAGCCUGUAACUACUGUCUAAUGAUUUAAAGGGACAGACAGCACUUCGAAUAAACCAUCACGUAGAAGAAAGUUGCUCAAAGUAUUUCACAAUACUUUGUCGCCCAAAAGGUUAUCGAUAUGCUCCCACCAAGAAUCAAUAUACCGUUUGAAAAAGGUGUUAGUUAAAAAAAAAUAAAUAAAGGAACCGACUUAGAAUAGUGCCUACGUUAGCUCACUGGCUGCUAUUUGUGGCUUUAGACAUCCAAUAGCGUACGGCACGUAACAUGUCACCUUUGCUCAUUAAUAUUCAUGACAUUGGCAACUGUUGCUAGGGGGGUCAAACUCUUGUUUGUCACUCAUGCUAGAUGGAUGUAAAUGGUGUACGAACGAGAUGUUUACUGAGCUAAACCCUACAAUUCUGUCCGAAAGUGAAGUCCCUGUUGCCAAAUUCACUGGUAAAGAUGUGGAAGAGCAUACAAAUGUUUAAUUCAAGAGACGGCUUCAGUGGCGAGGGCUGAAAAAGACGGGGAAAAAGAGCCGACCUGUUCCAGAGGUAGCUUUUUUUAUCAACACCUUUUUCUUGUGUGCAUUGCCUUACGCCACUGAUAAUUACAUUCUCCUGUUUCAACAAGCUAUCCUUACCAUCGUAUACCCUGUCUUUCUUAUAUGUUAUAUCCUCUGGUUGUUUUAUGUCUCAGGUUAGCGUUUGGGGUAGGGUUUGGGUUUAGGGUGAGGUGUGUUGUGUCUGUACACCUCAAGGAUUCUUUUCCAACUAGAGUAGUCAGUUCUUUUUGCCUGCUCCUUUUAUUAAGUCACCACUAGGGGAAGCCAAGCGCACAUAGCAAAACAAAACAAAACAAAAAAACUGUAGAGUCCGGAGUUACAAUAGUGACAUCUUGUGAACGAUGAACAAUAUAUUAGUUUAGAAAAAAAAUCAAACUUAAAAAGUAGUCAAGAUCAAGGGACAGAACACUCCCCGCGUCACAUCUGCAAGAUGCCAGCCCUUAACUAACUUCUAGAAAUACCACCUAAAACAAACGAUGCAAUACAAUAAAUGCCUGCAGCAUAAGACACUCUAAAACAUAGGCAAAAUAAUAUGUGUAAAUGUUUUCUCCGUGAGCUUUUGAAAAACAUCUUUGUGGAAGUGCACUCUUGUGGAAACAAACUUCAUCAUAUUCAAAUUCAAAGACUGAUAUUUAUGUACAAGUUAAAAAUAGCCCUGUGAGAAAUUCAUAGCAAAGUUAAUUCAAAGUUCAUAUAAUUUUAAAGAAUAAUAUGAGAAGUUAAGAAAUUGAUAUAAACCAUGUAAAUUUUUGACCCUGUCUAUUAAGAAUCGGAAUUGAGAAUCGGAACUGUUCAAAUUCAAACGAUGCCAAACCCUAGUGGCAGUGAAUGAACGAAUUUGUUCAUUUUCUGCCACCCUUCCAGUUCAAACGGAUUGGACAUCUACUAGUAAUAAACUCAUUUCAAUUCACGGCAGAAACAUUAAAAGAGCUUGUUUUCUAUUCGGUUUAUUAGUCGUAUUGUAGAACAUUGUAGAAUGAUUUCCUGACCCGUGUCUUGACAAUUGCUGUAUCGCAAAUUCAAUAGAUAAGUAUCGUGAGCCUUGUAUCGCAUCGAGCAACCCGGAGUUUCCCACCCCUAACACUAACUUUUCGUAUUCUUGUGUGGCCUGCAUGACCCAAAAUGUGAAGUCUACAUACGUGGUUACUCGGAGAUUAAAUAUAUAAAUCGCAAAUUUUAUUGCCCUCCGAUAAUGGACAAAACUAUGUGAACCCAAAAGCCAUUUUGUGACAUCCGUUAAGCUCAAAAAGACUAGAGCAUUGGUGCAUUGAACAAUGGGUAAUACUGAUGUCACCGAAAAGUGCGGGCAAUCAGGGAUACUCGCAUUUGAUCGGCUUAAACCAUACAUGUCCAAAGUCCGGCCCGGGGGCCAAAUGCAGCCCGUGGUCAAAUUUCAUCCGGCCCCCAGCCUCUGUCAUAAAAUCAAUAACAUCUGGACCGCACACAGACUUAAUAAAUUGGUCAGCAGUACUGCCACCAGCAUAUGAAGUAGCUUACACACUAAAUGCUGCUCCUCAUUUACCCACUAAAAGGCAGCAGCACUCUAAGCAACAUUACCCCGUGUGACCCUUUACUCCCAAUUUUCUAAAAUGGCGACAAUCAACAAAAAAAGUUGACUGCGACGGCCGACGCUUCAAGGGUAGGUGAAAAUUGGACUAUUCGUUAACUAAAAUACGCAACAACCGUGUCUGCCUCAUUUGCAAAGAGACAGUCUCUGUUUUUAAAGAGUUCAAUGUGAGGCGAUAUUACCAAACAAGACACGCUGACUUGUACGACGACAUUACAGGCAGCGAGAAAUUGAAGCAACUUGAAGCUAGUUUAAUUUCACAGCAGCAGUAUUUCGCAAGAGCCCGAGAGAGAAAGCCACAAGGCUAGUUGCGAGAAAUUAUUACCGUCUUGGCCCGAAUAUAAGACAGCCCUGAUUAUAAGACGACCCCCGCUUUUUCAAGACUCAAGUUUGAAUAAAAACUUUUUGAACACCAAAUUAAUUUUUAUACAGAAAAUAAUUACAGUACAUCUGAAACAAAUGAUUAUAACAAAUUUGAGAGAAAAAGCAUGUUAUUUUGCCCCAUUCAAAUCUUAAUAUCUGAACAUUUAAAUAUGUACUCUAAAGUGCAAUCACAUUCGUAAAUGAAUGGCUUCUGGUUUUUGAAAUGUAAAUAAACCAAUCUAUUGUGAUAAAACAACAAAAUUGCAAUAACUGCAUUAACCAUCAAAGUGAAGUCUUAACUGUAACUUUGGUGGCCAGGGGUGGCCACGGCCACCCCUAUAAAUUGGUUGGCCACCCCGCUCGCCAGUAUAUCGUUAGAUUGUUGUAGCAUCAGUUAUGGAUUUCAUCCCAAAUGAAUGCAUUUAUUUUGUUUUGUUAAAUGUAGGGCUGUAAAAUUUAUUGCGUUAACGGGCGGUAAUUAAAAAAAAAAAAUUAAUCACGUGAAAAUAUCACAAUUAAUGCAUUCGCAGUACGACUCAUUCACGCAUUGCCACCAACAGCCUACAAUGGCGCCGUUUUACUCAUUUACAGAGAUAAGUGGCAGUGUCAAGUGAGUGGAGUAGAUACAAGCAUUCAUUGGGGCCGUGCUUUUAAUUGGCAAAAGCUUUGUCAUCUCUCCCACAGCAACUAUAAAUAUUGUGGGAAGCGACGUGGGGAAGAAUGACAGGAGUUGAUCUUUUUCUUAACACCCUGUAGUGUACCCAACGCAGAGAAGAUGUAGCAUUUGCAGCCACCACACACACUCAUGGUUGCACCACUUCCCAUCAUGCUUUGGGCAGAACAGUUAAGUCGCUACAGUAUCAUUUACUGAAAGCUCAACAAACACACUAGAUGGCAAUAUUUAGUCACAAUAUACAAACUCACAUUUAUCCUUUAAGAAUUACAAGUCUUUCUAUUCGUGGAUCCGUUUCACAGAAAGAAUGUUAAUAAUGUUAAUGCCAUCUUGUGGAUUUAUUGUUAUAAUAAACAAAUACAGUACUUAUGUACAGUAUGUUGAAUGUAUAUAUCCGUCUUAUCUUUCCAUUCCAACAAUAAUUUACAGAAAAAUAUGGCAUAUUUUAGAGAUGGUUUGAAUUGUGAUUAUUUACGUUUAAUUAAUUUUUAAGCUUUGAUUAACUCGAUUAAAAUUUUUAAUCGUUUGACAGCCCUAGUUAAAUGUACACCUUAUGCCUAAUAUAUACAUAACACAAUAAAACAGAAUUGUUGUGUAACUUAAAAUGUUGACUGGACAGUUAUGGACUAUGCACAUUAAAUCAUUAGUAACAUCAAAUAUUACACAAUACACCAAAGUAUAUCAGUAGUCCUUAAGUCUUUCUGAUAGUUUUCCCCUGACCUUUUUACUGCAAUAAUAUAAUGAAAACCUGAAAUUAUGGCUUUUAGUUUUGGUGUGCCACCCCAAGAUUUUAACUGGCCCCAUCUGGCCACCCCUAUGAAACAUUUCUGGAGGUGCCACUGCUUGAAACUGAAAGGAAAAACAUUGGAAAAAAAAUAAUGCAAACUGGUUAAACUUGAGAGUUGCUUAGAUCUAUCAUGACAGAACAGCGCUUCAAUGAUAGCUGGCGCCAUCUAGCAUCGUGAAUGGGUAUAACGUCUAGCCCGCGAAUAUAAGACGACCCCCACUUUUUCAGUCUUAUUUCAAUGCAAAAAACACCGUCUUAUAUUAGGGCCAAUACUGUAAUUAAAAAAGAUAAUGAGGUAUGUGACACACAGAAUGGCUUGCUAAAAUUUGCGUAAAUACAUUGUUCUAUGUAAAGGUUGUCAGCCAAGGUCGGCCCCCCACAUUUUUACCACACCAAAUCUGGCCCCCUUUGCAAAAAGUUUGGACACCCCUGCUUUAAACAAUACAUUUAAAAAUGUUUGCCACUACUUAAGAUGUUUACUGUUAUUUACGUUUUCUUAAUUAUUACAUGUCAGGAAAAGCGAAAUUUGACUAUUUAUGAAUUUUUUUUUUUUUUCCAUUGGAAUGCACAUGUUCAAGGUGUUGUCUGUCCCUUGAAAUCAGGGGUCCCCAAACUAUUCCACAUCGGGCUGCAGUGGGUGCAGAAUUUAUUUCCAACAAAACAGGAUGACACCUUUUCACCAAUCUGGUGUCUUAUAAAUGUUAUCAGUUGAUUGCAGUCAGACGCUGCUUGUUUUAGCAGAUCCCUCAGUGGCCUGUGCUCGAUCAGUAGGAACAAAAACCAGGACACUCAGCUGCCCUUGACCGGUUUGGGUACCCCUGCUUUAAAUGCUGAUUUGCACAAGAAGGUAAUUCACUGCCUGGCUUUAAAUCUUGCUUUCAAAGGAAGACCGCAGCUAGCAUAAAUGACAAUUCACGUGAAAGACGAUUGCUCAAAAUACUUAUGUAUGCAAAUCAAGAAUUUCUUGGAGGGGGAAAAGUUUAGUUAAACACACACAAAAAUGAAAUUAUUAGUACAAACAUUGCUUUGCCAUCAGUUACACACACGUGUACAAAGUAGCUAAAAAAAAAAUUGGUACACACUAAAGUUAACUGUAAAUGUUCAAUCUGUCACUGUCUUUUUCUCCAGGUGAGGAACAGUCGAAGCUCAUUUCACAUCUUAGUUCUCUGCACAUCAAUUAUGCCUCGUGGCAUACUGACACUGAAUUCUGCUUUUGUUUUAUAGACGGAUUUUGCUUGAAAAACGGAUAUUGAAAUGAAGACUCGCAUGUAAACUGUUCUGUAUGUAUGCUAGGGUGACCAUAUUUUGAUUUCCAAAAAAGAGGACACUCAGCCCGGCCUUAAGAUACUUGAAUUUUACACGAAGUUCACUCAAGAUGCCUAUAUCACUUUAAUAUAUUUAAAGUAGGGCUGUCAAACGAUUAAAAUUUUUAAUCGAGUUAAUUACAGCUUAAAAAUUAAUUAAUCGUAAUUAAUCGCAGUUAAUCGCAAUUCAAACCGUCUAUAAAAUAUGCCAUAUUUUUCUGUAAAUUAUAUAUAUAUUCUGUAAAAUAAAUUGUUGGAAUGGAAAGAUAAGACACAAGAUGGAUAUAUACAUUCAACAUACGGUACAUAAGGACUGUAGUGGGCAUUUCACUCUACUGUCAUUUAAAUCUGUCUAUGCUGUCCUCACUCCGAAGCGUCUACUUUUUCCAAAGCUAGACAGCUAGUGAACGACGCCUUAAUAAUUCUUCUUCCUUUUUCAUCUGAUUUAUUGAUAAAAUGGCCUCAAACCAUUGUCCUCUUUAGACCGUCGUAAAACUACAAAAUAAAAGUACACAAGCAUUGCAUUAGCAACAACGUUAGCUUAGCACGCUAUACAGGUUCACUAAACAUAAACAAAAAGCGUCUCAUACAAAAAAUAUAACAUUUGGCUUACUAACAUAAUAUGUACAUUCUUUACAUCAACCAUACUUACGGACAAAUCUUGUCCAAGGAUCAUAUAAGCACAGCAUUAUCAGCCCGAGACGUCGUGCAGCCAUAAUGAACUGGUAAGAAAACAAUAAACCAUGUCGCAAAGCGACCACAAGACUUCGCUGUUGGACAGCAUAAAAAGCCUUGCUGUAAAACUUACCAAAAGGCAGAAUACCUUCUGAGCGGGACAUGUGCGUUAAUUGCGUCAAAUAUUUUAACGUGAUUAAUUAAAAAAAAUUACCGCGCGUUAACGCGAUAAUUUUGACAGCCCUAAUUUAAAGUGUGCCCCCUCACUCUGGAUGGAAAAAUACAUUUUGGGGGGGAAAAUAUAUAUAUAUAUAUAUAUAUAUAUAUAUAUAUAUAAUGCAGACCCAUUGAAAUGUAGUCCAGUCAAUACACAUACACACAGUAGGCUAUGUGUCAACUAAACAUUUUUAUAAAUUACUAUAGAGACUAUUGUCCUUGACAAAUUGUUAUUCCCAUUCAAUUGAUAUUCUCAUUUAAUGUUCUAGAUUGCACACAAACAAUAACCGAAAAAAACUGACAAACUAUUCAACCAGCAUGUUUCCAAACGUUGCAGUUCAAAACUACGUUUCCCAUGUUGCCUAGCGUGGUUUAGCUUACUAAUAGUUAGCUGAGGUAAAAAUCAAACUUUGCUAUAAAAGUUUACAAUCAUCGGCAGCGUAACGAUGCGACACCAAAUGGGAUUUUACAGUCAAAGCAACGACAGAAGUCUACAGUUCCCAUUAUAUACGUAUUUAUCGUAAAAAACUUAACAAUGGGGCAGGCGUUGUGGCCAAAACGUCAACCCAGUAGAUGGCGGUAAUGCCUCAUGAUAGGGGUAAACUGCCAACAAAAACAAGAACUACUCUUUCCCUCCCUUCUAGUAGGAUCCAUGUCAACUGUUGCCACCCAGGGGCUGGAGGGAUUCUCUUUAAAUUGGUCCCGUGAAAAAUCAUAAAAACCAGACAUUUUUAUGAAAUUAUAAAACCCGCCCGGACGACGAGGAUACUACGUGAAAGUAGGACUUGUCCGGGCAAAAGAGGACGUUUGGUCACCCUAAUGUAUGCGCAUAAAACAAUGGGUGUUACUGACAUCUCAAGUAGGUUGGACAAUCUGCGAAACUUGUAUUUGACUGGGUUGAAAUAAUACCGGAAUUUAAAAAUGUCUGCAAAACACUUUAAAAAAUGGUCAUUUCUGGUAAAUACUGUCUGUACUAUUACACUUGCAUUACACUUUACAUUACACGAGCAAAAUUUACUUUCUCUUUUAGUUUAUUGAGCAAGAUUCCACUUUGACACACGUAAUGGUGUCCCAUUUAAAAGCACCAUUUAACAUGAGGGGUGAACAUGUGAAGAGAUACUAUUUUGAUGUGAGGAUAGCUUGCAUUAGCUAAAACGGCUGCCUCAAGGCUAGCAGUUAUAGUGCAGGGGUGGGUAGGGUGACCAAACGUCCUCUUUUGCCCGGACAUGUCCACUUUUCACGUCGUGUCCUCUUCAUCCGGCCGGGUUUUAUAAAUUCAUGAAAAUGUCCGGUUUUUAUGAUCUUCCACGGCACCAGUUUGAAGAGAAUCGCAGCGCUUGCCUGCGUCGUCGUGGCUCCUACUAGUAGGGGAGGGAGAAGGAGUACAGUUUACCCCUUGUAUUAUGGGGCAUUACCGCCAUCUACUGGGUUGACGGUUUGGCAAGAAAACAGGCAGUUACAGACUACACUAAGGAGUAGUUGUAAGAGACGUUUAUAGUGCUCCGUACACCUUUCUGUAAGUUUAUCUUCUGUUAAUGUCGCUCAUGUGUCUUCUGUUAUAUACUAUACAAUAUAUGGGUACAAAGAGAUGCAGUAUGUUGUAUGAGUCUUGUAUUAAUUGUUCUGCAUUCGUGUAUUUGGUUGAAUGUUAGUAUUAUAUUCUAAGUGGGAGCACCUGCACAGUUGUUAAGUUUUUCACGAUAAAUACGUAUAUAAUGACAACGGUUGACUUCUGUUGGAGUUUUGUACUAGCGUGAUCUGUAAAAUCCCGUUUGAUGUCGCAUCGUUGUGCUACAGAUGAUUGUGAAUUUAUAUAGCAAAGUUUGAUUUUGCCUCGUCUCCCGGUACUCGCUAAUAGGGUAGCUAUCAGUGAGCUAACUAAGCCGCACUACGCAUUAUGGGAAACGUAGUUUUGAACUGCUGCGUUUGGAAACAUGCCAGUUGAAUAGUUUGUCAGUUUAUUUUAGUUAUUGUUUGCGUGCAAUCUAGAACAUUGAAUGAGAAUAAAAAUUGAGUGGGAAUAACAAUUUUUCAAUGACAAUUGUAGUGAUAAUAAUUUAUAAAAAUAUUUAUGUAGCACAAGCCUACCGUGGGGCUGUAUUGCCUGUACUAUAUUUCCACGGGUCUGCAUGAUAUUUUUUUUGGUCACUAUUUAAUUUUUGUUUUGUUUUGUUUAUGUUUUAGUAAAAAUUAAGCCUGUAGAGCAAAAAAACUUAUUUCAAUAUAGUAUAUAAUAUAUACUAUUUGGCUUUUUUAUUUUUAAAUAAAACUGAAUUUUUCUGUCCAGACGGAGGAGGCACACUUUAAAUUUAUUAAAGUGAUACAGGCAUCUUUGAGUGAACUUCGAGUAAAAUUCAAGUAUCUCGAGGCCGGGCAAAAUGUCCUCUUUUUUGGAAAUCAAAAUAUGGUCACCCUAGGGGCGGGCAACUUGUAUCACUCAUGGAGCGAUUUGAAAUCAGUUUCCACAGAAAGGCCCACACUCGGAGCUGGAUGCAAAUGGUAAAGUUUGUAAUUACUCUAUCAGCCAGACUGUAUAUUAAUAUGUAUAUAUACAGUGCCCUCCAUAAUUAUUGGAUUUAUAAUAAUUAUGUGUUUUUUAGCUUCUAAUAAUUUUUUCCCCCUAAAUAAUAUGGGACCUUAAUGGAAAAAAAAAUCCAACCUUCAAUACGACCCAUCUUCGGCUUUCGGGCAGAGGGCAACAGAUUUUGAUUUAAAAUGUCCUGGUAUUUCAAAGCAUUCAUGAUGCCAUGCACCCUAACAAGGUUCCCAGGGCUUUUGGAAGCAAAACUGACCCACCCCAAUACUUCACAGUGGGUAUGAGGUGCUGUCUACACGCCAACAAGCUGUUUGGGAGGCAUGCACGGAGAAAACCUUUCCUCACUCACAAUCAUAAACGUCUGGAGUUCGGCAAGCGGUAUUUGGGCUUCAACUGGGACCGUAUGCUUUGGUCAGAUGAGACCAAGAUGCGCAUGCUGAAAAGCACCUCAUACCCACUGUGAAGUAUGGGGGUGGGUCAGUGAUGCUGUGGGGCUGUUUCGCUUCCAAAGGCCCUGGGAACCUUGUUAGGGUGCAUGGCAUCAUGAACGCUUUGAAAUACCAGGACAUUAUAAAUCAAAAUCUGUUGCCCGAAAGUUGAAGAUGGAUGGAUGGAUGGUGAGAGUUCAGUUAAUAAACAGAUCCACAAUACAGUGAGCCUGAUUUGAUCUGCCUACUGAAGGAAAAUCAAAUAAUUCAAAUUUAUUUAAUAUAAAACAGCCGCAUAGUUCACAGGAGCUGUGUGUUGCUAACCCCUUGUAUAGCUGGUGUCAGCUGACCUAUAAAUCAUUUUUUACUAUACAUGACAAUUGAUUCAAAUCUGACAAUGCGAUGUUUGAUUUGUUGACUUCUGAACUUAAUGUUACCAUUGAUAACAUCGACUAGCUAGAGAAAUACAAUCUUCGUGCUAGCUUAUCAAUAUAAACAUUCAAAAGAACAAGCAACCCAACGACUAAUCCUGCCAAUCUAAGCAUUUCUAAUGCUUUUGUAGAGAUACUUUUCAUAAUUUGUUUCCUCCCUUCUCAAUAUUUGAUUACAAUAUAAUGGAAGGAAAACAAAGAUUUUGCUAAAAUUGAUCAAAUUUGGGGCUUUUUGGGGCCAGGCAGUGAACCAUUGAAGGCAACUUUGGCUGAUGGAAAAAUCAGUGCCUUGCACAAAAAAAAUUCAGCAGAUUGAUGUUUGUCAAAUCACAAGUACCUGCAGCAAAUGACUUAUUUUGCAUCCUUUGGUAUACAAGUGUGGCCUACCCAAAAUGUGAUCUCCAAAUAUGUGGAUUCCAUGUCUCGCUUAGGAUAUUUUAAUCGUUAUUGUAAUUUAGAUGAUUUUUAUGAAUAAAUGUAACAAUCAAAUAUUUUUAAAACUGGACUGUGAAAGCUCGUUUCAAAGCCGUUGACGGCAGUAGAUGUCCAAUUCAUUUUCCAGUCAAAAAUGGAUUGGACGUCUAGCACCGUCAAUGGCAGCCAAUGAGUUUAAAUAAGCAUCUUGCUGUAAAAAUGGUUAAUUUGCACUUUUUUGUGAACCGAUUGUGUGCAAUGUUUUGUCUUAAAUAUCACUGAUUAGAAAACCAUUACAAUACAUUUGACUUUUUAUUAAAGCAAUUUCAACCCACAGCAAUAUCCAUUGAAUGCAAAGAAAUGAACCAACUUUUUAUUUUUUUCUUUGACAUCUUUACAAAGCACAGAUUGAAAUCUCGACACGGUGCGAUAACAGCAUAGUUUUAAAACGUACACCAAACCAGCAACGAACAAAUAAUACACACGAGUUAUCAAAACACAGUAUUGCAACAGUCCCAGGUUUAAAAAAACAAAAAACAAA